AAUUGUGGAUCCUCGAACGGCCUCCGGCGCCGGGCGAGAAUAUCCGUCUGCCGAAAGGUUCGGAGGGCUCGCCAUCGAGGAUACUAAAGGACCGGUUUCGUUCAUCGGCAAGAUGCCCUAACCGCUCAGGUCUUUCGGUUUCCUACGACGUUGACACGUAAAAUUUCGUCAUCCUCUUUGUAGAUACAACUCCUAAACGACAUGGCACGCCAAUUUCAGUACCGCGACGGCGUGGCCAUCGCCCAAAUCGUCUUCUUCUUCCUGUUUCUCUGCUUCGGCGUCCUCUUCCGCAUCCAAAAGAAGAUGGGCUGGUUCGGGAUCCUCUUCAUCUCGACGAUACGGAUAGUCGGUGCCGGCUGCAUGCUGGGCACCAUCACCAACGGUUCCAGGGCUGUCUGGGCCACCAUCUUCGUCUGCGAGUCCCUGGGGCUCGUCCUUCUCACUUUUGUCUUGAUCGAUUUCCUGAAGAGAGUGUGAGUUCAUCGCCAGAGCCAAUACUCCUACUCGUAUUUCAGCUAACACAUGGCUUGUCAGAAACUCCUUCGUUCAAGUAUUGACGCAGUGGCACUUCCACAUCCCCGAGCUCAUCUGCUGGGCCGGGCUGGCCAUCUCGAUAGCCGACUACGCCCUCAUA